AAGGCCGAUAGAGGCCGGUAGUAGGGCCUUGGGCCGGUGUAUACCUGCAGCUAGUUGACCUAACAUGUGUCGGCGCCUGUGCACUAGACACUUUUAGAUGCUACAUAUGUAUCCAGGGAAAGCAGAGGUAUUGACACAUCUGGUUGGAAAUGGACUGUCCAAUGAAGAGAUCCUGGAACUCCUGCAGUCAGAACAGAAGCUACAGUCUGCUGCAGAAAUCAUGCAGUCUUUUCAUCAAGAUGGCAGGCAUGAACCCUUAGGCAUAAUGUUAAGGCUAGGCUCCAGGGGAAGUGGGACAUGCACCAGCCUGGAGGAGGCAGUGUUCAUGCAGGUGUCGCAGCUGGACUCGGAGCUGUGUGCUCAGGUGACAGGCAUGCUGCUGGAGCUGCCGCCGCUGCGACUGGCCCGCCUGCUGCAGGACGGCGCGCGACUGGGGGAGGCCGUCCGCGCCGCCCGCGCCGAGUACCUUCGCUUCACCGGGGGCGCCGCCGGUACCGUCACCACGAGCGCUGCGACCCCGGCCCCGGAGGAGCUGGGUGACCAGCUGUUCACAGCUCUGAGUGCCCAGCACCCGGAGCUGGCGCCGCAGCUGACCGGGAUGCUGCUGGAGCUGCCGACGGACCAGCUGCACCAGCUGCUGGCCGACCCCAAGCUGCUGCAGCUGCGCACCAGUCAGGCUCUGGAGGCCAUCGGUCGGUGACCCGUAACGCAGCAUCGGUCGGUGACCUGGAGCGGAGCAUCAGUCGGUGACCCGGGGUAGACCAUCUCUCGAUGACCCAUGUCCAUGACCCGGGAUGCGCCACCGGGCAGGAACGGCGACGGCCGGGGCAGACUGUCGGUCAGUGACUCGGGAUAGAGGAUCAAGCGACAUUCAUACAUGGGCGGUGACGUAUGAGGCGGGCAGUCGGACGGUGACCCGGGUCAGGCCAUCGGCUGGUGAGCCAGACGAACCAUCGGACGGUGACGGGGGACUGCUAUGCAGCGUAAUAACUAGAGCUGUGACAGAUGCGGUGUUCACAACCAUAUCCAUGCUUUUGUGGGUGGUGGUCCGGAAAGGAAGAAGUGGCCUCGCGCGAGCAAUGCGUGGAGUGUGCUGGUUAAAUUUUCGACGGUUUGCGAGCAUAUCACUUCCAUGGCGAUGUUUGUUGAGGUAAAUGUUAUAUAAAUGGUGGAAAGGUUAAGUCAUGUUUGUACAUGCGUAUGGCUGCGUGAAAGCUUGUCGCUUGUGAAACUGCGAACAUAGGUGGAGACAUUCAGGGUAUUUUCGCAGGCAUGUGUGGAAAGGUAGGGAAUGUAUUACCUUGCUCAUAUUGAAUACAAGUGUGGAAGACCGCAAA